AUGACUGUCAGGAUAGCGAUGUUAACGUGCCGGCUCGUCCUCGCGUCGUCACGGAAUUGCGAACGUGUCAUCCCCAGCGCAACCGUGGUCUCGAAGAAGAGCUACUCAACCACCACGGAAAAUGAAAAAACCUAUGAUGUCAUCAUCGCUGGAGGCGGCAUGGUCGGCACGACGUUGGCAUGCGCCAUAGCGAACAAUCAGAAAUUGGCAGGUAAGAAGAUCUUACUUUUAGAAGGUAAUGUUAAACAGGAAUACACACCACAGGAGCAAUACUCCAAUCGAGUUGUCGCGUUGAAUCAACAAACCCGUACCUUAUUAUCCAGCAUAGGAGCAUGGAAACAUAUAGAGGCAGUUCGAUAUUCUCCAGUACGACAAAUGCAGGUAUGGGAUGCAUGUUCCGAUGCUGUGAUAACAUUCAACGAGAAUUUGUUGUGCAAAGAAUUGGCCUAUAUAGUUGAAAAUGAUCUGUUGAUACACGCAAUCAACAAGCAACUUGCUGAGAAGGAAAACGUUACUUUGAUUUACAACUCUAAAGUCGCCAAUGUAGAACUUCUGCAAACGGGAGUGGAAUUCGUUACUAUACAGCUGCAAUCUGGAGAGCAAUACAGGACUAGAUUAUUGGUGAGCACCAAGUUAAGUUAA